AAAAUGAGGGGAGAGGUUCACAGUCAUUUAGAAGAGAGCAUUCGUCCAUACAUUGAUCUGAUUGACACUCUACGGUCAGUUGGCAUCCAUAAAGACUUGGCAUUACCAACUAUUGUAGUGAUUGGAGACCAGAGUUCUGGAAAAAGCUCUGUGUUGGAAGCGCUGUCAGGAGUUGCGUUACCAAGAGGAAACGGAAUUGUGACCAGAUGUCCAUUAGAGUUGAGGCUGAAGAAGGUACCAGGAGUCAACUGGAAGGCUGUUUUAACUUACGAUAAGAAAACAGAUGAAUCUGUGAAUUCCUCAAAUUUUGCAGGUCCUAUUAAAGCCAGCAAACUGGUAGCACAGUCAACUCAAAAUCAGGAGAAAAUUGAAUUUUCAGAUCCUUCAUUAGUUGAAGAACAUGUUGCAGCAGCCCAGAAUGAGCUGGCAGGAAAAGGGG